CCUAUAUGCAGAGGGAAAACCGUUGGAUAAGGGGGAGUUCUCAACCAAUAAGCCACGUCACCCUUUCCUCGACCUCUCGCCCAAUCGGAAUCCUCCUCAGCUUCGCCGUCGCUGCCGUCCUUGCGCGCGGCGCGCAGAAAAUCGCAGAGACAAUUUCUCCGUCGUCACGCGAUCGGAACUUCAAUUCAAUCCCGGAUUUCCGGCGGAGGACCGAACCACAUCGCCGAUGGAGGCCCUUUCCAGGGUCGGAUGCUUCGCCACCAGCCCCGGCCUCCGCCUCCCCGGAGCCUUCCCGCUCCGCCGUCGCCGGAGAUCGGUUCUCACGGCGACGCCGUCGGUCUCGGCCCCGAGAACAAGCGCCGGGCUAGUCGGUGAACUGGUCGAGGAGGAGAUACUGAAGACAUUCUUGAAGGAGAGACAAUUGAGUGGGGAUUUCAUCUCCAAGGCUUCCGACAUGCUUUGGCAAAGGGAGGCCCUGAAACUCGUCGAACCGGAUGUUGGGGUGCUUCCGGACAGCCCGCAAGAGCCAGGCCAGGUCUUUGAAAAUGAUGAUGAUGGUGGGUUCUUGAAACUGUCAAAAACCAAUGAAUGGAUCUUAGGUGACGACUCUGCACCACUGAACAAGAAAGUCAUUGCUAAGGCAUUGCAAGAUGAUAGAGAAAAGAGGAGGAAGUUAAACCUACUCCAAUAUGAAGCUCUGAAGAGGGAAUUGAUGCUCUUGUCCAUUGGUAUUGGAACUGCAUGCAGUGGAUACUGUUUGAUAGUUUUGUCAAUCCAGGCUGCUAUCAGUUAUGCUGUGGGAGUUCUUUUCAGUUGCUUGUACCUUCAGCUCUUGUGCCAGCACGUGGACAACUUAUCUAGGGAAAUGAUUGCGCAGAUUUUCAGACAGAAGAAGUUGAAAAAAAUAGGAAUACGAAGUGAGGAUCUAAGUGAUUUACUGGAGAGAACAAUUAAAGGAAGCACUAUGGCUCUUUCAUCUCCGAGGCUUGUAAUUCCCGCCACGAUAUAUGGAUUAUGGGUCUUUUCUCAUCAGUAUGUUGGCAGUGACUUCUUCGACUUCCAGAUUGUUCCGGCCAUGCUUGGGAUGUUUGUGUAUAAAGCUGCUGCGCUGGUUCAAGUUUAUCGAGACAAUGAGGACCUUGGGUUUGUGUUUCCAGAGAAUGAGGAAGGUUCAAGCUACUGAAUGUGAUAAAUCUGAGACUCAGCAUUUCCAGGGCAGUUUAUCUGCCCAUCCACUACUGUACUCUCCGCAGCAGAAUCAAUCUGCUAUCUGGAUUGCCAAAGUCUGCAAUGCACACGAGCCAUACUCCUGAUAUCAUUGCUGACUUGCCUUUUGGGUUGACUGAAGAAGAUUCAAGCAGGGAAGCUCAUUCGUGGUGUCACCUUCCAAGCUAUUUGAACGUCUGGAGUCCAAGUACGCUGCAUCUAAUUUCAAGUCAGUUUCAUGGUCCUAGUUGGAAAAGCCUCAGCCUCUCUCCUUCAACUGAGAGAGACUUCCUAGUAGCGGCAGAGCUCUUUUGUCUUUCUUUGCUCGUGCUCAGCUGUUUGAUCGGAUUAGGAUUAUAAUGAGAUAUGUGCUCCAAAGAUGUAUAUGAGUGAACCGGCAUAUCAUACCAGUCGUAUGCUCUUUCGUGAUUUGUCCACGCGGGCUAACCAAAAAAAAAAAAAAAAAA